UUUUUCAGGCAGAAGGGGUUUGACAUCAAGUGGAUUGAUGACACUCAUGCCCUGGGUUUGUUCUCCAGUCCCAUUGCAGGUCAGUGUGUUCUAGAAGAGAAGAGAAUGGCUUUAUGAUGCCUAUAAGAUCUCUGGAGUCAAUCGCUGGUGGACCUGGAGGAAAACAGCAUGACGCUCGUGAUGCUCUGAGGAUGAAGAACCCCAUGAUGAAGGUCAGGCCUCUUUCCAAAUCAUCAAACACCACUAAAGCCAAAGCACGCAGCUGCUCCGAUUACCUGCUGCCGGCUAAAGAGCGUCCUCAGACGAGUGCGGCUCUGGCACGCCGCCUGGUGAUCGGGGCUCUGGGUGUGAAGAGUAACCAGACCAGAGAAGAGCGAGAGGCCGAGAGGAACAAACUACGGCAGGCGAGAGAACAAAAGCACUUGGCUGCUGAGCAGCGGGAAGACGUCUCGGAGGGCAAAUGAAGACAGGAGUGGGACCUUCAGCAGGACUACUGCCAAACCAGCACGGUCUGAACCAAAGCCACAAGAACAGGGGACACGGGGGUUCAUCGAAGCGAAGUGCGAGAGCCACACACUGCAACAGGGACGUUUUGUAAUUUUAUAUCUUUCCUCUUGAGAUUUUUGAACGUUUCAGUUUUGGAAAGGCCAUUUUAAUUAUUUUAAUGUAUUUUUGUGAAAAGGUUUUCUCUUUGCUGACUAACACUAAAAAGUGGGUUUUUUUUUUGCUUCAGUAAAAAGAAAAGUUGACACUAAAUCUGAUAAUGUCUUUCAUGCCACUUUUGUAAAUGAGGGAAUCUGUCAACUCAAAAAAAAAAAAUUGGUCAAGCAUGAUGGUAGUACUUGUACUGCCAUUAAUUGCAUAUUUUUUCAAUGAAAAUUGAAUUACAGUGAAUAUUUUCUAAAUCCUAAUUGAGAAUUGCAAUAUGGUUGUAAAAAUCGACUUUUUUGUAAGAAUGACAUUAGACUAAAGUCAAUUGUGAACAUUUUAUUUAAUACCAAUCAAGUAUUUUGCAAACCAUCAGCACAUUCUAACAGAACUUUUUUUUUGUAUAUGUUCUUUCAUUAUUACUGUAAAUACUGUGCUGUUGUUUAUCCACAAAAUGGUUUGUUCAGCUACUAAAUUGACAGAUGCACUUUUUCAUGUGUCUGUUGUUCGCAGAUGUUGGUGCACUUGAAUUCCCAGCUCUGCUCUGAAUAAAAAUGUUCAAAUCUU